AUGUCUACCACGAACAAAGUCCUCGUCACCCCAGAGGCGGGCACAAAAGUUGCGCCUAUCCAUGAAUACACCGACGAACAAAAGGCCAAAAUAGCUGCGUUGGGGGAGUAUGCCCACAGUCUUUUGCUGCCAGAGAGUGACCCUUAUCAUAUGUGGGAGCUCCGAUGGCUGAAUAAGCCAGAUACCAUGCCUAGAUACAUGCGCUCGGCCAAGUGGAAUUAUCCUGACGCCCAAAAGCGUAUCAAGGCUACAGUCGAAUGGCGCAGGGAUUUCAAACCCGAUUUGAUACCCCCCGAUGAAGUUAGGAUUGAAAGCGAAACCGGGAAGAUUAUUAUCAAUGGAUUUGACAAAGACGGCCGUCCGAUUAUCUACAUGCGUCCAGGACGAGAAAAUACUGAGUCAAGCCCCCGUCAACUACGGCAUUUGGUGUGGUGUCUAGAACGCGCGAAAGAUCUAAUGCCUCCAGGGCAAGAAUCCCUUGUCAUUAUUGUCGACUACAAGAGUACUACAUUGCGAACCAAUCCCUCUAUAUCCAUUGCUCGUAAGGUCCUACACAUCCUACAACAACAUUACGUGGAGACUCUGGGUCGUGCGUUGGUAGUGAACCUUCCCAUGAUCCUCAGUUUCUUCUACAAGGGUAUCUCACCGUUUCUUGAUCCGGUUACGCGGGAUAAGAUGCGUUUCAAUCCGAAUCUUCUGGAACUCAUCCCGGCAUCACAUCUGGAUGCCGAUUUCGGAGGUGAAUUUCCCUACGAGUUCGAGCCACACAGCUACUGGAGUCAGAUCGUCGCAGCGUGUCGUGUAGCCCCAGAUGGAACACGCGCAGAAGGAGAGUCGGAGUCACCGUCGAAUACCCUGUCAGUGCCUCUUCGCUUCGACCUCGUCACAGUUUGA